CUCCAGUUAAGUCAGUCCAAUUCUCAUCCAUUUGUCUCGUCCCAUUUUCCUCCUUACCCCGCAAAUCCCCUCGCCCAAACGAGCCAUUAACAGCAAUAAACCGCAAGGAGACCGCCGUGAUAAUUCGCAUUGUUCUUCAAUCCAUCUAUACGUCCUUUACUCGCAAUGUCCGCAAACGAAAUCCUCGAUCGGGAUUCAACCCUCCAAUCCCUUCCUCCGGCCCCAACAAAGGACUUGCGGCGGCAGGUCAGGGAGAAUCUCCAGUCGUCCACCAAAGCUCCCAUCCUCGUCGUUCUCGACGACGACCCCACGGGAACUCAGACAUGCCACGACGUCAACAUCCUUACCGUCUGGGAUGUCCCUAGACUUGUCGCCGAAUUCAACGAGACAAAGCAGGGCGGUGGCUUCUUCAUUCUAACCAACUCUCGGGCGUUGCAUCCCCAAGAAGCCCGCGAACUCAUCACCGAAAUAUGUACCAACCUGCAGGCUGCGUCAAAGGAAACCGGCGCAGCCUUUGAGGUUGUGCUUCGCAGCGACUCCACCCUGAGAGGGCAUUUUCCGCUCGAGGCUGAGGCCGUCGAGCAAGUUUUGGGCUCUGCAGAUGCCUGGGUCCUUUGUCCAUUCUUCCUACAAGGUGGGCGGUACACCAUCGGUGACGUUCACUAUGUACAGGAGGGCGACAAGCUGCUGCCAGCGGCGCAGACGCCUUUCGCCAAGGAUGCUACUUUUGGCUACAAGAGCUCGAACCUAAGGGACUAUGUGGUGGAAAAGACCAAAGGGGCCAUACCCAAGGAGAGAAUCACAUCUAUCAGCCUGGAGACGAUACGAAUCGGUGGUGUGGAGGCCGUUUUGAAGCAACUCCUGGAGGAAGUGAAUGGCAGCCGACCCGUCAUCGUUAUCAACGCCGCUGCCGAUGAGGAUGUCGAUGUCGUUGUAGCGGCGUUGUUGAAAGCCUCAGAAUCCGGAAAACGCUUCCUCUUCCGGACCGGCGCAGCCUUUGUUUCAGCACGUCUGGGAAUUUCAUCUAUUCCUCCCAUCUCAUCCAGCCACCUGGGACUCUCGGGGGAUGUCGGUGGUCUGGUUAUCGCAGGCUCAUACGUGCCGAAGACGACCGCCCAGCUCGAAUCGCUGCGAGCUCGAUCCGGCGACAAGCUGACUAGUAUCGUUCUUGAUGUUCGAAAGCUUCUCGAGUCUCCAGAUGCCGCGACUAAUGAGGUAUCAAAAGCUCUCGUUAUUGCAGAAGCAGAGAUCAAGAGGGGCCAGGAUGUCCUAGUGAUGACGAGUCGAGAGCUGAUUGUUGGAGGAGACGAGGCCAAGAGUCUAGAUAUUGGCUCAACUGUUGCUCGGGUCCUCGUCUCGUUCCUCCAGAAGCUUGAGCAAAAGCCCCGAUACAUCAUUGCAAAGGGCGGAAUCACGUCUUCAGACAUGGCCACAAAGGGCUUGAAGAUGAAGCGCGCCCUCAUUGUCGGCCAAGCUGCACCAGGCGUUCCGCUCUGGCGUUGCGACGAACCGGAGUCGAAGUGGCCCGGUCUGCCAUAUGUUGUUUUCCCUGGAAAUGUUGGAACGAACGAUACUUUGUAUGAGGCAGUCAAGGGUUGGGGCUGCUGAGAAGGCUAACUAAAGAUGCUUCAGAUCCAUCAUAGACGGAAUGACAUACCAGGUAGUAACGAAUCUCAUAGAAGCUCAGUAUUGACCUGCCACUGCCCAGACCUCAUUUGAACCGGGCUCCGACUGGGAAUUCUUCCACGACGAAUAUCUGUAUUCUUAGCCAUUUUAUAUCCUUCCGCCCAAUACCCGUUACUCAUAAGAUCUUAGUCAUCAUCAAAUAUUAUUGAG